CUUGUCGAGCACGGGGCAAGUAAGCUGUUGCAUAUAUAAAGCCCCAGUUCCGCCAAGACUCGAGCCAAGACUGUUGGCAAGAUGACCGCUACAUUUCAGGCUAUUCAUACGGAGUACGCUUAGUAUACUUGGCUACGCUACUGAGUACGGAGUACCUACGUCGAUCCCGUUGCCCCUAUCAUCUCUGGCUGUUCGACCCUGCAGCAUGUAGCUGUACCUACGCCGCAAUUCCUCAUGAUCCUCCGGCCAGUCGCAAAAGCCUCUGCAAAUCAUGUCGUCAGAAGACUAAGACUGUUAUGCUUAAUGACCAGUUCGCCCCACGGAUUGACCUUAUCUAAACGACACCUCGUCGGCCGAAUACAAAUGCAUCUAGAAGUUACAAAUCGCCAAGAUGAACGAGCUGGCAGAAACCGGGGACCGUGGUGUUGUCCUUGGCAUUGGGGCUUCUUGCGGGCGCUGGUCAUGUCACGGUAACGCUGUGCUUUGGCCACCUCGGCGAUGCCGCUGUUCACGGUUGAACACUGGGUAUAUCGCAUUGGGAUGCAGGGUAAUUGAGGUAAAAAUGGGUGUAGUCGAGCUGUCAAGGCAUCGUUUAGGUGCCAAUUGUCCAAGAGAUGGUAUAGAGCUGGCUGUUCUGUCUUUGGAUGAUGCUAGUGUCUUGGCCAGAUAUUUUGCAUGGCCAAGACGGAUGGUUGUUCCAGGGUAAGGGAAGUGAUCUCGCUGUCACAUCUCAUGCCCAGCACGCCCAGAUUUUGGCAGAACAAUGGAAUUGUUCUUUUGGAAAAGUACCCUUGAUUGGCCAUGAAUUUGACUUCAUUGUUCUAAUUCGGUACAAGCCAAUACCUGUUUCUUUUUUCUGACUGUGGUGAGGUGGGAUGUGAGUAUAUCCCUCAAUAAAUGGAUGAUUCAAGAAUCAACCCUUUUCGGCUUCCCAUAGUAGUCCUCAACAGUAUGGGGCGCUGCUCGUCCUGGCCAGCGAAAUCAUUGUUGAAUGCACUUUCUGGACCGGAUGCGAUUCUCAAAGCAUAGUCACAACUGUUAUACUCGACUUUGAUGUCUUUAGAAUAGUCCUUUUUGAAGUCUCUUGAAUAUAGUGAGACCUUCGCAUUGCCCCAGCGAGAUUUAUCAA